GUUCAGUGUAGCUUUAUGGUGCACACGGGGCACAAAUGUGCGAUCCAUACACCAGCCAAUCAGAGUCCACUAACAGUCACGUGACGAGUUGGCGAGUCUCUCUUUUUAGGGUCUCUAGUCACAAGUCUUCGGAUAAGAUACAGGAUUAUACUCUGAACACCGUGACCUACGGCACUACUUGUGCUCCUUAUUUGGCGAUACGUUGCCUAAGACAUCUUGCUACACAACCAGAAGCGGUUGCACGAAAGGCAGCAGCAGAGACACUAUUGCAUGAUUUUUACAUGGACGACGUCUUAACAGACGGAAAUACUAUACAGCAAACGAUCGACUUAAGAAGAGAGCUCUUAGAACUACUUAAAGCAGCCAAAUUUCCUUUUAGAAAAUGGAGAACUAAUGAUCCAAGAAUUCUACAAGAUCUCACUUACGACAAGGAAGAAGAUCCCUUAUUAGUACUAGAUGCAGAAGAACCGAUGAAGACGUUAGGUUUAUUAUGGAGUUCUACUAAGGAUACCUUACAAUAUACGGUUAAGUUAGCAGAAAACUACAAAGUCAUGAAGCGCAAUAUCUUGUCACAGAUUGCAAAAAUAUUUGAUCCAUUAGGAUUAAUUGAACCUGUAAUUAUUACGGCCAAAAUCACAAUGCAAGAAUUAUGGAAAUUGAAUAUAGAUUGGGACGAAAUUGUGCCACAAACAUUCAGCAAUACUUGGUACAAAUAUUGCCAAUUCCUUCAGAUUCUUGGACAUAUUGAGAUACCGCGAAACUUCAAUCCGUAUAAUAGAUAUCGUUCCUUCACAUUGCAUGGGUUCGGAGAUGCCUCUGGAAGAGCUUACGGAGCAUGUGUCUAUUGUGUAUACAAAACAGAACAAGGAUUAAGGAAAUCGUAUCUAGUGUGCUCCAAGGCAAGGGUCACACCCUUAAAAACUAUAUCAUUGCCAAAGUUAGAACUUUGUGUAGCUCUCUUAUUAACAAGGUUAGUAGCAGCGAUUAUCAAGGCACUAAAACAUCCUAUAAAAGACGUACAUUUGUGGAGCGAUUCCACUAUUGUAUUAUGCUGGAUAGAUACAGCGCCACACAAACCAGAAACAUACUAUGCUAAUAGGGUUACGGAAAUCCAAAAUUUGGUUUCAAGAGCCAAGUGGCAUCAUGUGCCCUCAGCACACAAAAUCCCGCAGACAGUUUAUAAUUCAACACAUAAUAAUGCAUUCAUAACAGUAGAAGAGCUUCAACGAGUAGAAUUUACCAUCAUCCGCAUGUUACAGAUGGAGAGUUUUGCAGUAGAACUGCAAUGCUUUAAAAAGAGAGAAGACCGUGCAUCAAAAUAGUGCAUUGGCUGCGCUCAAUACAUUCUUAGACAAUGAAGGCCUCAUUAGAGUAGGAGGCAGAUUACGACAUUCCAAGCUAUCAGGCAAUCAGAAGCAUCCUAUACUACUAUCAGCAAGACACCACGUGACGGAAAUAGUGCUAAGACAAGAACAUGCAAGAUUACUACACUGCGGACCUCAACAGUUAUUAGCUAACAUAAGAGAACGAUAUUGGCCUCUUGCAGAAUGCUGAGUAGCAAGAAAGGUGGUAAGAAACUGUAUAGUCUGCUUCCGAUACAAACCUAAUCUUCCAACCAUAAAAAUGGCAGAUCUUCCAGCCUCUAGAGUGACACAAGCUUAUAGACCAUUUGUUGACUGUGGAAUUGAUUAUGCAGGACCAUUUAGUAUACGCGAAAGCAAAAGAAGAGGCAAUAUUCCAGUAAAUAAGACUUAUGUGGCAAUAUUCAUAUGCUUGAAGGUUAAAGCAAUACACUUAGAACUUGUCAGUGACUUAUCAACCGAAGCAUUUAUGGCAGCUUUCAAAAGAUUCUGCUUUCGAAAAGGGAUACCUACACAUGUCUAUUCUGACAACGGCACUAAUUUAGUAGGAGCCGCCAACGAACUAAAGGAAGUCUACGCUCUUCUUCGACAGAAUGAAGAAAGCAUUUCAUCAGAAUGCGCUGCACAGAAUAUACAUUGGCACUUCAUACCUCCUCGUUCACCCCAUUUCGGUGGCUUGUGGGAAGCGGUGGUUAAGAGCGUAAAAAGACAUUUAAAAAUCAUAGUGAAAAAUCUACACUACACUUUCGAGAAAUACUAUACUAUAUUAAUUGAAAUAGAAGGUAUUCUGAAUAGCAGACCGUUAACUGCAUUGUCAUCCGAUUCUAGCGAUUUUGUACCGCUUACACCAGCUCAUUUCUUAAUUGGAGAAUCAUUAAAAAAACCGGCAGAAAAUGACUAUUUGGAAAUUAAGGAAAGUCAUUCAUCUAGAUGGCAACAUAUUCAAAAAUUGAGACAGGAUUUUUGGCAGAGAUGGCAUCGGGAAUAUCUACAACAAUUACAAGCUAGAACUAAGUGGAAGGAAGGAGAUCACGCUGUAAAAAUCGGAGACUUAGUGCUUUUGAUAGAGGAUAAUCUUCCCUCUUUGCUAUGGAAGUUAGGAAGGAUUGAAGAAGUACAUCCAGGGGAGGACGGGCUUGUAAAAGUCGUGACUUUGCGCACACAGUCGGGCAAAUAUAAACGAGCAGUGAUAAAGAUAUGCGCUCUUCCUUUCCAAAAUUAAUAAGUAAUGUCUAUCAAAAGUUUAUCACUAUAUUCUAUUUUUUUCUCAUCUAUUAUUAUUUUAAUUACAAUGCAAACUUAUGAUAUUAUCUAACAUAUUCUUAUAAGUCAAUACUAACGUUAAACAUUUCAAAAAUACAAUAAAAUAUAUGUUGAAAGAUGUUUUUUUAAGGGCGACGGUAUGUUAAGUAAUACGCAAUGAUUAUUUUUUAUGUUAGCAUAUUCUCUGCGAUAUUAUGUAUUUUUUCUUAUUAAAACUAUAUUGUUGCAAAUUCAUAUUAACCGCGGACUAAAUAAUAAGUAUUUUUAGGUUCUUAGAUAGAUGGCGUUAAUUUUGUUUAGGUUGACACGUGUACUGUUAACGAAGAUAUAUAACAAGCAGUAAUAAAGCAUUCUAGCAUUAAACCAAAGGGUCACGGACUACGCAAUCACAAAAUCGAUAAAAUCAGUCUCUUGUCCGGAAACGCCUUUAAGCUUCGUCAAACUGCGGUUGAGCGAUUGUAAUCUCCAGACACACUAACCGCCUCUCUCUGACGCACAAGAGUCACAAGCGAUAUAGUGAAACGGACGUGCCGAUGACACGAUAGCAUUAUUCGUAGUAACGCGGCGCUCCGUUUCCUCGGCAUCCUCGAAAAGCCCGCGGAGACUUCCGGCCGCGACGAAACUCCGGCGCUCACCGACCCUGACCGACCGUGAGUCGCAACACACCCGUGACAAUUAGUUCCAGCAGUGAUUCGGUUCCCACGAGACACGAUUAAACCUAUUAAUAACGUCUAGCGAUGCGAUUUGCGUUCGAUCUUUAACUCAGUAUCAAUCACUGCGAUCUGAAUGUCAAGGUGUAUGUGUGAUUUUAUUUCUAAAACUUGAUUUAAAUAGAGAAAAUAGAGGACAAGUAUAAAUAUUUGAAAAUUCUAAUAUGUCAAGAGUCCUUGACAUAUACGAUUCUCAGAAGAAUGCAAAGCUUCUUAUAUCUAUUAAAUAAAGUUGUAACCAGGUUGCAACUUUAUUUAUUAAUAUUGUCUUAUAGUGUGACGUAAGAGCUUCCAUAUAUUUAGUUGCUAAACUUUAAACUGUGCUAUUUCAAAAUAACAUGGUUUUUUGUCAUCGUAUUCGUAGAUGCACGCUGUCCUGAUUAUUAAGAUAAAUUUUGAAAAAUUGAACAUAUAUGACAUAUAUACGAUAAAAAUAUGACAGUUCAAAUCAUUUACAUCCAAUGAUUGCAAUCUUCGCCGAAAAAUCUAGUUUAAUGUGAUAUCAAAAAAAGCAGAUUUUCAAGAAAAAAGUAUUGAUCUUAAAUAAAUCAAAUAUCCUAUCCUCUCAUAUUGUAACCGCGGUUAGUACAAUGUAUCCAUUUGGGAUAUCAAAUCUUGGCGGCAGCUGUAGCUUAUUGUUAGUGCUGUAGAAUCGUAGACAUGUGUAGAAAAUUGAAAACUUGCAAUAGAACGUAUCAGCAUCGGAGGAUUGAUCCUUAUGUUUAUAUAAUUAAUUCGAAAUUUUUCUGCUGACCGCCGGAGAUUGAAUGUUUUACAAAUAUCUAUGCAGCAAAAUCUCUUUAUACAACGUAUAACGUUUUUUGCGAUAUCUUUAAGACGCCGCGCUGCGUCGGACGGAUGUCGUAACUCGCGAUAAUCAUAAAACGAAACGCUAAAUGGGGGAGUCAGUUAAAUAUGAGAGAAAGAGACAGCAGGAAACGAUCGCCGGAUACAGCGAGAAUUCACGAUGCUAUUCCGCGACGACACGUAAAUAGGAAUCCCGCGGUGUCACGCAGCGAGAUCAAUGAAGCGGAUGCUGCAGCGGUAGUAGGAUAGAUCUGGUUUUAGAGCGGCGGAUUUGUAUUAUUAAUGAGCCGCAAUAACGGUGAUCGGGCUAUCGGACUGUCCGCGAUCAGUCUCGUUACGUAAGCCGAGAGAAGCGACGGAAGACUGCGUUCCUCGAGCGUUGGCAAGUCUUAUACACGGUGGACUAAUAAAUGAUAAUAGACGAGGCGGGUAAAGGUCCGCGUUAAGAUCAUUGUAAUAACGAGUCUCGACGGCAGCCGCUGUUAUUAGACGGAAACUAUGCGACUUCGGAGGCACUCGUGUUAUUCGCCUUUCACCGUUACCGCGGCAUACCUCUCACAGGCACGACCUGUGUGUUUCUAGAACCCUGUAAAAUAUCCGCGGAUUAUUUAAUUUUUAUGCUCGGAGAAAGGGGCGGGGGUGUUACGAUUCCAUAUUAAGCGUGUAAUCGGCGCUGUUAAAAUCAGCGCUCUAUAAGAUUAAUAACACUUCCUCCAAAGAAAAAAUAUUGGUGUUAACACUAGCAGAAAUUAUUAAUAGUCUCCUUGUACAUAAGUUAUCUUUCCAUAUAUUUAGUUAAUCUACUUCGCUUUUUCAUAAUCUGUUCUUUACAACUUAAUUUAAAAAACUGUCAUUUUAACGUGGUAUAUUAAAUCUUUAUAGGAAUUAUCACAAGCAGACGACAGGUGAUAAAUUUAUACUUGCUCUGAAUGUAAAAUUGCUAGACUAAAACAUUAAUAAAAUCGUGCGGUAUAUAAAAACCUCACCGUUUACAUUACUUUUACGAAUUGCGAUAGUAAGCAAAUAAAUUUGUAUGUAAACAAUUUUUUUGUACUGUUUUUAACAUAUCUGUUAUCUUAUGCUUUCAGAAAUAAUGCAUCGUCACUAGAUGCAGCCCUGACACUCUUGAAACAACGCGAUUCAGCACGUGUUUAACGCAGCAGCGAGAUAUUGUCGUUGACACUUUGCGCCGGCUCUUUAUCUUGAUACCUGUAUUCUCCCGUAAUUUGCAAUUAUCAUAAACAUUUGUGCGUGUCCGCGGCACUGUUUUAUCCCGAGAGAACAUUUUAGAUACCCUU